AUGAGGCUCUACAUUCUCCUAUCAUUCCUCCUCUGCCUUGGCGUGGCCAGUGCCCAGAUGGCGAUGCCAAUAACAGAGGCAAAAGGCCGCGGCGGCAGAGACAAAGACAAAGGGAAGGGAGGCAAAGGUGACAAUCAGCCUGUCAGAGGAGGAGCUGCUGCCCUCCAAAACCAGAUCGCAGAUCUUCGAAAGCGGGUUGCCGAAGCCAAUGAUACAGUUGUCCCCUUCGAGGGAGGCACACUCAAAGGCUUGGUGGGGCUGCUGAAAGUAAACGAGGCGAUUGUCACCCUUGGAAGUACCAUCGAUGUCAGCACAAAGUCCGCAGAGGCCACCAACACCCUGCCGGCAAACGAAUCGACCCAGAUCGGCACACAGUUCCUUAGUCUCCAGCCGGAGAUCAACAACUUGUUGACUGAGGUCCAGGGUAAGCGUCCAGAGUUCGACAAGGCUGGCUUCAGAAUCUUGGACGUGAGAAGUCUUAUUCGCGACUCUGUGGUUAUUCAAAAGGACAAGGCCGGAGAUUUGGGUGGUGCAUUUACCAAAGCGCUUGAUCCAACUUUCCAACCCAUCGCUACCCAGAUUAGCGACCAGAUUCAGGGCAACUUCACAGCCGCCAUCGACGAGUACGAUGGUCGUGCUGGGAAGAUCAAGAUCCCAUCCAAGGCCGUGCCUGUGCUCACUGAUCUUCUUGCCGGAGUGGCAAGAGCCCUUGGUGUCGGCGACAGAAACAAGGCUCUUGCGGGUCCUGUCACCGAAGCUGAAGCUGCAGCUAUUCCGAUCACCAACUUUCCCAACGCGGAAGCUGCCUUUGCGGAUAUCAGUGCCGCUGAUACACCCGAAGCAAAUAUCGCUGCUCAAGAAGCCCUCAGGGGAAAUGAUGACUUUUCCAGACUUGGCCCCGAUGAGAACGAUCUACGGGGCAUUCCGCCCCUGGUACUUGCUGUUCUGCGCAGAUAUGAAAUUAUCUAG